UCACUGAUUGAUGGAUGGAUUGAUUGGUAUCACUGCUGCUCUUGACCUGAAGACAGUGAUUACACAACAGCAGAUGAAGUUUUAAAAAAAACAGAUACUGCACAGCUAACAACGUGACAGCACGAGAUCCAAUGAGAGCAAGCAUUGACCAUCUAGACUUCUAGAGGGAAGCCGGGCUCCAGCCUCCAGCUGCAAGCUGCAACUGCCUUUGUUGGCCUUGCUCCGAGUCAGCCGCCGUUGAACAUGCUCAUAGCUCAUCAACACAACACCACCCUGCUAUCUCUGUCUGUCCUCCAGGGUGUACAAAAAGGCACCAAGUCCUGCAAGCAACUAAAGAUCGCAUUCUUUUUCCUUCGUUUCAUUUCAAAUAGUGAAGAGGAGACAUGCCAGCCAGAGCCGAGAGAGAGAGAGUGCCAUGGCCGUGUAUGCCUCACAGGGCGCAGCCGCCCAUGGCCUCCACAUGCACCAAGUCACUCGCUGUCGCCGGCCUCCUCCUCCGUCUGUCUCGGCUCUAUCAAAACCCUAGAACAAUACGAGUUUAUUAUGAAUCAUUCUGCUUCAUUACUAUUUUACAGCUAUAUUCAACUAGUAGUUUAUUAGUAAAGAACUCACGCCGAGUCCAUCGAUCCCUGGCAACGCGCUAACCAAGCUAGUAGCUAGCAAGCAUCGGCCAUGUCCAAGCCAAGGUUGGACGGGAAGGUGGCCAUCGUGACGGGCGGCGCGAGCGGGAUCGGCGAGGCGGCGGCGCGGCUGUUCGCCUCGAGCGGCGCCACGGUGGUGAUCGCGGACGUGCAGGACGCGCUGGGGGAGGCGGUGGCGGCGUCGGUGGGGCCCCGGUGCGCGUACGCGCGGUGCGACGUGACGGACGAGGCGCAGGUGGAGGCGACGGUGGCGCGCGCGGUGGCGGCGCACGGGCGGCUGGACGUGAUGCUGAGCAACGCCGGCGUGCUGCUCCCGACGGGGUCGGUGAUGGACAUGGACCUGGCGGAGCUGGACCGCGUGAUGGCCGUCAACUUCCGGGGCGCCGCGGCGUGCGUGAAGCACGCGGCGCGCGCGAUGGCGUCCGGCGGCGGCGCCAUCGUGUGCACGGCGAGCGUGGCGUCGCUGCAGGGCGGGUUCGGCCCGGCGUCGUACACGGCGUCCAAGCACGCGCUGCUGGGCCUGGUGCGCGCCGCGGCGGGGGAGCUGGGACGGCACGGCGUGCGCGUCAACUGCGUGUCCCCCGGCGGCGUCGCCACGCCCCUCAGCUGCGCGCUCAUGGGCGUGGGGCCCCGCGAGCUGGAGGCCAUGACGGUGCCGCACAACGUCCUGCAGGGGAAGGUGCUGCGCGCCGAGGACGUCGCCGAGGCCGCGCUGUUCCUCGCGUCCGACCAGGCCGCCUUCAUCAGCGGACACAACCUCGUCGUCGACGGCGCCACCACCGCCGUCAACCCCGCCGUGCUGCACACCGUCGGGCUGUGAACGACGAGCGCUCGCUGCGACAGUAGAUACAUAUAUACUCCACACCUUCAAUGCCAUGUUUCAUCUUUUUCUUUUCUUUGUUUGUUUGCAUUGGUUGCCAUCAAGAAAACUGCUUUUGUUAGCUCACUCUGUCCACGCACCAUUGCUGAAGCUGAGCACUUUUGUGCUAUUCAACGA